CUCCUUGCACCUUGGCCGAGCCUUUGCUAAUCCAGCUAUAUAACCAAGCACGAAUUCUUUCCCCUCUCCUCGUGCCCAACAAAGCACACGCACUGCUCCUCUCGCCCAUCCGCGCCUUCUUCUUCCCUAGCCCUCACCGACGACGUGCGGCAGCAGAGCGACACCAGCCAGGGAAGACAUCGAGAUGUCUCGGUACGUGGAGAUGCUGGACAUGGGCGUGCGCGUCGCCGCGAGGUUCCACUCGCACUGCCCGCAGACGGCGCGCAUGUACUACAAGCCGCCGCAGACCCAGGCGGCGACGUCGUCGUCGCCCUCGGCCGACGACGCCAAGGCCAAGAGCUCCGGUCUCCAUGCGGCGCCCGUCCUGCGGCCCUUCGCGGCGGCCGCGGAUUCUGGCGCCGGCGGCGGCAACCGGUCGGCGGGGUUCCAGUUUCACGACUUCGACACCGCGCAGGUCGUCGUGUACCAAGUUAUCUGAGGAGAGAUUCGCUGCGACAAGUUUUUUUCAAUUUGUGCGCGAUACAUGUACUAUGCUCCAUUCUUUGAUUUGUAGUCCUACUGCAAGCCAGUGUCGUCGAGAGCUUGGAAUUGAUCAAGCCUGAAUAGGAAAAAAAACAUUCCACUGACAUCGUCGAUGAGCAUGCUUUCUUUUUGUUCAUAUUCGAUUAAGAUUAAAAGUGACGAUAUGGUCAU